AUGGACGGGCAGUCCGCUGACGACGCGUCAUCAGGCGCAGCCUUGUUUUUCCGCGCCGCGGACGGCUCUGCGCGACCGUCGAAUCGGCCCCUCCUGGAAUGUCUUCCUGAUGUCUUCAUUUCCACUUCAAGGCGCAGGCGCAUGCAGCCGAGCAAGCAUCCACUUUCAGCUUCCAUAUCCCGCGGGGCUGGCGCCGGUGAGACACCCGGGCCGCGCAUGUGUCAAGUUUUGGGGAUGACCCAAAGUCGUGAAGGGCGACGCAUCGCGUUUUUCGCAGCUGUAAUCGUCUAUUUCCUUUGCGACUUGGAACGCUUCUGUGCGUCUCCGCUGCUUCCCCUUGGCGACUGCGAUACCCGUGCGGCCAUCACCAUUUCUCGUGGAGUUCGGAUCUCUCCGCGGGCUGAGGCCUGUUCAUUCUGUGUUUCGUCGUCGCAGGCACAGCUGGCGAGGAGGCAGCUUGCCGAGCGCGCCGAAGAGAGGCGUUUGCCUCUGCGAGGAGUGCCUCCAGCGGUACGCCGCGAGAGACAGGGCAACUCGGUAUACUCUCGCCUGUCUCACGCAGGCGCGUCGGCUUUCGCUGACGACCCUUCCCCCGCUGUGAGUUCGCCUCUGUGCGGAUACACGAAUCCACUCGCGAGGUCAGCAGCUUUCGUUGUUUGCUUGGGUUCGCAGCGGACAUGCUCGUGUGCGCAUCUCCGGUCUCCCUAUCGGGUGGAUACUCGAUAUGGCGAAGGGCUGGGCUCGCCAGAUGCCUUUCUUCCGCGUGCGUCGCCGCGCUCUGUGCGCAUGACUGGAAGGCUGUCACUGCAGGGCGAUCGUCACGUUUCAGGGGCUCGAGAGCUCCGGCACAGCUUGUUUCUGUCUUUAGGUUCCACUCCCUGCUCCGAGGAGAACCGCAGCGCCGCAGUCGCCGCCCGCGUGAGCGUGUCUUCCUCUUCCUCCCGCGCCAGUAGAAUCUUGUCUUUCGCGUCUGCUCCAUCGCGGCUCCAGACCGCUUCGCCGUCUUUCUGUUCUCCGUCCUCGCCUUCCCUCCCUUCAAAGGCCGUCGCCUACUGCUGGGCGUUCGGCGGCUCGCCGCGUGCGUCUGUCGCGCCUCUCUUUUCUCAGGCAUCAUCGAGGGAACUACCCGCCGCUUCCCCGCCCGCCGGACGUGCGCAGGCUGUUUUAGAGGAGAUAAAAAAGAUGACGCUUGUGGAGGCCGCGGAGCUGGUCGCAUUGAUUGAAACGACUUUCGGCGUCUCCGCGCGCAUGACAGUCGCAGCGGCGGGGGCCUCCGGUGGAGCCUCUGCGGAAGACGGCGAAGGAGAGAAAGAGAAGAAAGAAGCGCCUCCACCUGAAAAAACGGCGUUUGACGUCGUUAUCAAAGCAGUGCCUCUGGACAAGCGCAUUUCCGUCAUCAAAACGCUGAGAACCGUGCGGACGGAUCUGGGCCUGAAGGAAGCGAAAGCUGUGAUCGAUGCCCUCCCCAACGCCGUGUUGAAACAAGUCGACAAGGCGAAGGCUGAUGAAGCAAAGAAGAUCCUCGCGGACGCCGGCGCAGAAGUGGCUCUUGAGUAA